AUGUCUUCCGUGUGCAGAGGUUUAAUAUCAGUUGCAGGUGCUGCCCAUGUCUGUGGAGUUAUUUCACUUAUAUUGUCGGACGAUGAUUACGCCGUCAAGCAAGCACAGUUAAAGUCGGUUCUCAUGGCUCGAUUCUCGGAGACAGCAGAGAUAAAAACUGCAGGACAGGUUCCCAUCAGAGUUCUCAAGAAGUUCAUGCAAUCCGUCAAGAAACAAAGCAAGUCACAUCUGAGCAGCGCUUAUCACGUUUCCACGGAGGCUCCCGAUAACACUACUUUGACAAUCCAGCGUUUAGUCAGUACCGGUAUCCCUUCAUCCCCCCCUCAACGGAGUCCUAACCAAAGCUCACAGUCUCUUGGAAAAUACCAAAUCAAGCUAUGUGACGCCGAUAGCGUCAAUCCGACCAUGCUCAACGAAAGCCAAUUUGCAGAGCUCAUGGCUACGCUUCAAGCUGAAACACCCGAUUUCAAAACCAUGGCCACGAUACUUAGGAAUGGCUCCUUCGAUGGGCAAGGUGCAGUUGCGAAGGCAGUUUCCCAGGUAAGAAGGGUUACAGUGUCUUGGGAACUGAGCCAGGGAUCCCGCUUGCAACAUGUAAAGCAGAGAAAUGCUGCCGGGGGGCCUUAG